AGAUAGUACCCUCAUAGUUCUUCGCCCUAAUUAAAGCAUUGCUGAUUUUUGCUCAAGGUUUUCAGAAUAUUUUGAAAAGGUAUCUUAUUUCACCAAUGAAAUUUUGAAUAUGGCCACUGCAUGGCAAUACACUGCAGAGCAACUGAACUACUACAGGAUAUCUUAUGUUGUCACAGACAUACUUACCGAGGGUUUGCGAACAAUCUUCAAGCAGGAAUGGGACAAACGCUACAAGACAACUUUAGGAGAAUGGAAAGAUCAACCUAAAAAUGGAAUGGACUUUUGGAAUAGGGAGUCCUCUCGAAACAGAAGUAAAAAUGCCCAUCUGUUGACAACCAUGAAGAAUGGCAAUAGAGCUGAAUGGGAUUGUUCCAUGCUAUUUUAUGCUAUCCUGUAUUCAGAUUGCAUUCAAAGUCUCAAUCCAACAGUGCAAAAAAAUGUGGAUGACCUCAGGAAAUUUCGAAAUGAAGAAUUUGCACAUGUACCACAAGGCCAUCUUUCUAGCAUUAAAUUUAAGAAUGAUAUUCUCAAAGUCCACAAUGCAUUUCACAAUCUUGGUCUUGCCACAGCAAGAAUCAAAGAAAUACAAAAUCAAAGAAGUUUUCCAACAGAGGAGUUAGGAGAGGUCUUACGGAAGGUACAUGACCUUAAACAAGAAGUUUAUGAGAAGGAAAACAAACUUCAAGAAAAGGUAAUGGAACUUCAAGAAAAGGUAAUGGAACUUCAAGAAACGGAAGGGCAACGACAGGUUUUGGAGGAACAACUAUACACUGAGGUCUCUCCAUUCUGCAUUCUUCCUUCCCCACCUUCUCAUGACGUUGCACCCUGCACUCGUCAGGUUGCUGAAAUAAGACGACAACUCAAAGCACUCAAAGGGGCUAAUGAAAACUGUUUAAGCAUCCUGUAUAUAUCUGGAAAUCCAGGAAGUGGGAAAUCUCAGUUGUCUCGUUUGGUAGCCAAGCGCUUCUUUGAUGAAGACUCAAAUUCUACCUGUUCAUUUGUAAUGACACUAAAUGCCGAAAACACAGGAGCUCUUUUGGAAUCAUAUGUCUCUUUUGCACGGUAUUGUAAAUGUCCUGAGUAUGCUAUUACAAACACUCUCAAAUCCAGAGAGAUGAACACAGAUGAGAAAAUUACCAGUCUCAAGACCUUAAUAAGCACCAAAAUUGAGCUUUACACUUCCUGGUUGCUGGUAGUUGACAAUGUCACUGAUGCAUCCGGUAUCCAUAGUUAUUUACCAGAUGCUGGGAACAAGCAGUGGGCAAGGGGCCAGAUGAUAAUAACAACACAAGACACCAUGACAAUCCCAUUGACAAGCUCUCGCAUACAACAUAUCUCAGCCAGCAAAGGUAUGGAUCUUGAGGAUGCCAGAUUUCUGUUGAAACACCUUUCUGGUGUCACAGAUAGUGAGAUGGAAGAAGAAGUUGCACAGGUAUUAGACUACCAACCUCUUGCCAUGGCAAGUGCUGCUACAUAUGUUAGAGAAGUUGGACAGCACAGGAUGGCUUCCAAGUUUGGUUGGAUUGACUAUUUGAAGAAAUUGGAUGAAGGAAAACGAAGAAGUACAGAGAACAUACUGGCAGAAACUAACUCAACUUACCCAAAAUCCAUGACAGCAGCGAUAACACUUGCCGUAGAGAAGGCAAUGACAUCUAACAAGGUUAUUCAUCACACAUUCUCUUUGCUCUCUCUCUGUGCAUCACAACCAAUACUUCAAGACAUUGUCACCUGCUACAUUUUGGAAACAGAUAAAGAGUUUGAUGAUAAAGAAAUGGUUGGUGCAAAACUCCGCCGAUGCCCAUUGUUGUUAUUUACAGAAGAGGAUGGCUGUAUCUACAUUCGUGUUCAUAGAGUUGUCCAGGAAGUCAUCAAUACUGUCAUAAAAUGCUACACAAACGAUGAACACCUUAAAGUCAUCCAUGGGGCCAUUGCAUCAUUUUCACAUGCAUCCAAGAUUGAGAAGGACUUAGAUCCUGUGUUUCUCUGCAAGAACAUGGUCCCCCAUGUAACAAAUCUGAUUAAUGAGACAUGUCCAUUGUUUUCUGAGCAAGGAAUCUCAGAAGUCGCUAAAAGUGGCAUAGUAACAGUUCAAGACUUCACUGAAAACUUUCUAACACUUGGAGAAAUGUGUAUUGAACACUGUGAAUUAAACACAGCAUUGAAGUGUUGUAAUGUAGUCUUAGACUUUGUCAACUUGGGUGUGGUAGCUUGCAACAAAGCAGAGGCAGCAGCCUACAGUGGCUUGGGUAGAGUGCAUUGUGACUUAGGUAAAUUGGAGCAGGCAAAGGAUUACUUUUCACAUGCAUUAGACAUCUAUUUGAAAACUUUCAGGCCAGACCAUGUUUAUGUUGCCUCUUCUUACAAUAAUCUUGGUAUGGUGUGCAAUAAGCUUGGUGACCUUCAGCAGGCAAAAGACUACUACCAACAUGCAAUGGACAUUCAAAUGAAAACCCUGGGCCCUGAUCAUGAUGACAUUGCAACUUCUUACCACAACCUAGGUAUUCUGCAUCGUGACCUUGGCGAUCUGAAGCAGGCAAAAGUCUUUUUGAAGCAUUCAUGGUUGUUACGUAUCAAAAUGCUUGGAGAUGAGCAUGUAGAAGUUGCAUCUACUUACAAUGAACUGGGUCUUGUGUACAGGGAUCUGGGUAAACUAAAGAAGGCAAGGUGCUAUUAUGAAAAUGCACUCAAUAUAUACUUGAAAAAGCUUAGGCCAGACCAUGUCGAUGUAGCAUCCACUUACAAUAACCUAGGUGAUGUGGAGGGUGCAAUGGGUAACUUUGAGCUAGCAAAUGACUACUACGCCCAUGCAAAGGACAUUUGCUCGAAGAAAUUCGGACCCGAGCAUGAUUAUGUCAAAAUGAUUCAGAAAAACUUAGCUGAGUUACAACAUAGAAUGGAGAGAACUCAAUGCUGCCUGCCUUGUCUUUGAAAGAGGACAAGAGAUUCACAGCCUUCUUAUCAGUUCAACAAACUUAAUAGGAAAAGGAAAGAAGAAAAAGAUGGAAACUGUACUUUUCUUUAAGACACAAGAGUAUCCAAAAAAAGGACUGUUGGUAGAAACAAAUGAGGUUUGAUAAACAGACACUUUCAAAAGCUUUUGCAGAAAGGAAAAGAUGUGCAAGAGAAAAAUGUAUGUGAGGAAAAAAACAAAUUAACAAAUACAGCAGCUGGCACAACAAGUAGCCACAUAAAU